CUCGAACCACCGGAUCACCGUCCCGAAAAAACCAAAGAAGAAGAAAAACAUGAAGAACAGAGUCAGCAACACUCAAGUGAGUGUUAGGAGGCGUUCGUGGUCUUGGCAGAAUUAUCUGAACCUCCAGAGAACUGAAGCUGCUCCUCUAUCACUGUUCACACAGUCCCAGUGUGUUCCCAGUAGGAGAACUGGUUUUAAAGUUGGGAUGAAGCUUGAAGGAGUCGAUCCGCUGCAUCCGUCCAUGUUCUGUGUGCUGAGUGUAGCCGAGGUGAUUGGCUGCCGGCUCCGUCUCCAUAUCGACGGGUUCUCCGAGUGCUAUGACUUCUGGGUAAACGCUGACUCAGCAGACAUCCGUCCCAUUGGCUGGUGUCAUGACAACAACCACAAGCUCCACCCACCCAAAGGUUACAGUGAGACAGAGUUUGAUUGGCAGCUCUACCUUCAGUCCACCGGCUCUCAUCCUGCCCCCCCGACACUGUUCACCUGUCGCACUGCCGACUGUGGGUUCAGGGUGGGGAUGAAGCUUGAAGCCGUCGACAGAAAGAAUCCGGGACUCGUCUGCGUCGCCUCCGUCGCCGACGUCAUCGACGACCGCUUCCUGGUUCACUUCGACAACUGGGACGACACCUACGACUACUGGUGUGACAGCAGCAGUCCGUAUAUUCAUCCUGUUGGUUGGUGUGAAGACCAGAGACGACCUCUGACCUCUCCCCAGGGUUAUCCAAACCCAGAGAACUUCCUGUGGGACGAAUACCUGCAGGAGACUGGUUCCACUGCUGCUCCCAGUUCAGCCUUUAAUCUGAGAGCUCCACACAGUUUCCAGGCCAACCAGAAGCUGGAGGCGGUCGAUAGGAGGAACCCCAUGUUGGUCCGCGUCGCCACGGUAACAGACACAGACGACUACAGGGUGAAGGUGCACUAUGACGGCUGGUCUCAGCAGUUUGACGUGUGGUGUGACAGCGACCUGUGUGAUCUACAUCCUGUCGGCUGGUGUCAGCGGACCGGACACCCGCUGGAGCCCCCCCCCGGUCAGACAGACAGGUCCCAGAGAGAGACAGACUCCCCCCCCCUCUCCUCCCCCUCGCAGGGUGUUUGUCCCACAGCCGGCUGCCGAGGAGUCGGACACAUCAAGGGCGCCAGAUACACCGGACACCACAGUGCCUUCGGAUGUCCGUACUCAGACAUCAACAUGCGUAAGGAGGUGGUGCUUCCUGAUAGGUUGGGAGGAGAGAGAGUCAUCACCCUGGUACCCAUCACCUUGCAUCACCAUGGCAACCAGUCAGACAGGAAAGGCGUCCAGGUGAAGACGGAGUCGGGAGGCGAGUCUCUGCUGCUGCCGCUGGGGAAGAGACGACGACUGACCGACAGACUGUCACAGCCAACCAAAUUCAUUCGUGUGAAACAGGAAGAGGAGGAGCUUAACAUCCACGCCCUUGGCCCAGGUCUGUCUCCUGCAGCAGAGUCCAGCCUGCAGGCCGUCCUGCACCAGUCUGUCUUCCUGUCGGCCAUGUCUGCUCAGCCGGGCCGUGACCUGUCGCUCUGCUGGGAGCAACACCGCAAGCUGCUGCCGGGCGUGGCGGGUCUCCGCGCCGACGCCGUCCGGCACUGGAGCGUCCAGCAGGUGUCGGAGUUCGUGGAGUCUCUUCCCGGCUGCGAAGGACAAGCCAAACAGUUCAGAGACGAGCAAAUCGAUGGGAGGGCCUUCCUCCUGCUCACCCAACGGGACAUCGUCAGGCUCCUGUCAAUCAAACUGGGUCCCGCCCUCAAGAUCUACAACUCCAUCCUGAUGUUCAAACACACCGAGGACAGCAGCCAAUCACAGGCUGAGGACUGCAGCCAAUCACAGGCUGAGGACUGCAGCCAAUCACACGCUCAGGACAGCAGCCAAUCACACGCUCAGGACAGCAGCCAAUCACACGCUCAGGACAGCAGCCAAUCACAGGCUGAGGACAGCAGCCAAUCACAGGCUCAGGACAGCAGCCAAUCACAGGCUGAGGACAGCAGCCAAUCACAGGCUGAGGACAGCAGCCAAUCACAGGCUCAGGACUGCAGCCAAUCACAGGCUCAGGACAGCAGCCAAUCACAGGCUGAGGACUGCAGCCAAUCACAGGCUCAGGACAGCAGCCAAUCACAGGCUCAGGACAGCAGCCAAUCACAGGCUGAGGACAGCAGCCAAUCACAGGCUCAGGACAGCAGCCAAUCACACGCUCAGGACAGCAGCCAAUCACACGCUCAGGACAGCAGCCAAUCACAGGCUGAGGACUGCAGCCAAUCACAGGCUCAGGACAGCAGCCAAUCACAGGCUCAGGACAGCAGCCAAUCACAGGCUGAGGACAGCAGCCAAUCACAGGCUGAGGACAUCCACAGCUGACAGCAGCCAAUCCAGA